UCAAACUUCAAAUUUCAAAGCAAUUAAGCUAUCCUCUCACACAGUCACGCUGACACAUGUUAUGUUCUCAACGAACCAAAAAGCUCAAUGUCCGACUUUCUUCUUCUUCUUCUUUGUUUUUUUAAAAAAAAAUAGUUUAUGAAUAGAUUAUAUUAAAGUUACGUUGUUUACUUUUCUUUUUGCUGCUGUUUUUUCUUUAUUCCGCGUGGGACUGCUUUGAAUUGAAACUUGAAAGCCUCGAAGCCUAUGAAAACCAACACUGAUGAUCAGCACUUGUUUCCUCCUUACAUACAUUUUCUCGAGAAAAUCCCAUCACCAGGUCAGCUCCAGCAUGGAAAUAUUAUAUUAUAUUCUUUCCUAGUAACUACUAUGGUGGAUAUCUCAAAGUUCACUGAUAUUUGGUGGAGAGAUUUUUUACUAUUUUGUAUUUUUCACCAAUUAAUUUCAUUCUUUAUUGGUUUCUAGUUAUAGCAUACUGUUAAAGCAUAGGAUAUUUCACUUCAGCAACUUCAUUGUUCAUAGGAUCAUUUAAAAAAAAUGAAGAAGUGGUAUGGCAGGAUUGUGAUGGCAUCAUUGUUCAUGUUGUUCAUGGUUCUGCUCCUUAGAUACAGUUUCAUGAAAUACCCUAACGGGGCAACAUAUCUCACUCUAGUUCCUGUUUCUUUGAACAACAAAACUGAUCCUAUAAAGUGGAUUGAUCCUAUGGUUUCACCUGUUCAGAGUCCAAACAAUGAUUCUCAAGUUGUUCCUUCAGACAUUGUAGUAUCUAGCCUGUUUUCCAUGAACAAUUUCACCAAACAAGAGCAACAAACUAUGCAGACAUGGAACAAGUUAAAACACUUGCUUGAUCAUACUAAGGGAUUGCCUAAUGCUGUGGAAGCUGUUAAAGAAGCUAAAGGCGCAUGGAAUAGUCUUGUUUGCUUAAUAGAAGAACAAAGGGAAGGUUAUAGGAAUGAGAGUUUAAGAUUGAAGGAGAAACAAUGUCCCUAUUUUCUUAACAAUAUGAAUUCCACAGAACUUGGUAGUGGUAGUUACAAGCUGAGGUUUCCAUGUGGCCUCACACAAGGUUCUUCCAUAUCUGUUAUUGGUGUUCCCAAAGGGCUACUAGGCGAUUUUCGGAUUGACUUGACUGGAGAACCCCUUGCCGGAGAACCUGAUCCUCCAAUUGUUUUGCAUUACAAUGUUAGGCUCCAUGGCGAUAAGAUCACCCAAGAUCCUGUGAUUGUUCAGAAUACUUGGACAAAAGAUCAAGAUUGGGGUGCAGAGGAACGUUGCCCUUCUCUUGCUCCUGAAAAUGCUAAGAAAGUUGAUGAGUUGGAGCAGUGCAAUAAGAUUGUGGGAAAGAACAUGGAGGGAAAUGGCAUGCAGUCCCACACUUCUAGGAAACUUUCAGCACCAAAAGAGGAACAAUUGAAAAACAGAAAAUAUUUUCCUUUUAAGCAAGGCGAUCCAUUUGUUGCAACUAUUAGAGUUGGAUCAGAGGGAAUCCAAAUGACUGUUGAUGGAAAACACAUAACUUCAUUCGCUUUUCGCCAAACUUUGGAGGCAUGGCUUGUGAGUGAGAUGAGAAUUUCAGGAGAUGUUGAGUUAAUUUCUGUCCUUGCCAGUGGUCUUCCUACAUCAGAGGAUUCAGAGCAUAUUGCUGAUAUAGAAUCACUGAAAUCUACUCCUAUAUCUGCCAAUACCCCAUUGGAUCUCUUCAUUGGUGUUUUCUCUACAGCUAACAAUUUCGAGCGUAGGAUGGCUGUUAGAAGAACAUGGAUGCAGUACAAUGCAAUUCGAUCCAAUCAAACUGCGGCCGUGCGCUUCUUCGUUGGUUUGCAUAAGAACCAAAUUGUAAAUGAAGAAUUGUGGAAAGAAUCACAAACCUAUGGUGACAUUCAGCUAAUGCCAUUUGUUGACUACUAUAGCAUCAUCUCAUGGAAAACUUUAGCAAUCUGCAUUUUUGGGACAGAGAUUGUUUCAGCAAGGUUUGUGAUGAAGACAGACGAUGAUUCAUUCGUUCGUGUGGAUCAAGUUCUGGACACUUUGUAUCGGAUCAAUGUGGAUCAUGGCUUGCUGUACGGACUCAUCAAUUCAGAUUCUCGACCUCAUCGAAGUGCUGAUAGUAAAUGGUACAUCAGCCGGGAGGAAUGGAGUGAUGAAACAUAUCCUCCAUGGGCACACGGUCCAGGGUAUGUGGUCUCACAUGACAUAGCAAGCAUGGUGUACAAGAAAUACACGCAAGGCCAAUUGAAGAUGUUCAAACUAGAAGACGUGGCAAUGGGAAUAUGGAUAUCAGAGAUGAAGAAGGGAGGGCUACAAGUUCGGUACGAGAAAGAAAGCAGAGUCUAUAAUGUGGGUUGCAAGGAUGGCUACGUGGUUGCACAUUACCAAGAUCCUAGGCAGAUGCUUUGUUUGUGGCAGAAACUUGAGCUUCGUCAAGGUCCAAAAUGCUGUGCUAAUCGUAGAAGAAGAUGACUAAUGGGAUUUAUGAGAGGGAGAUUUUUUUUUUAUUAUUAUUAUUUCUCAUGUUAUUUCCAACUCGGUAGGUCAUCACUAAUCCAUCGUAGAAUAGAUUGUUAUAUGUACAAUAAAAUAUUUUAAUUUUUAGAUA